GCGCGGUGACCCAUGUGAGAGACACCUCCUGCAAGAAUCAUUCUCCCCUUCAGAGCAAAAGUCUAUGGAGCGCUAAACGUUUUCACUUUAAACCCCCUUUCCCCCAAGCCCCCCGUAUUUGUUGUGAUCAGAUUUCUGUAACCUUUUUUGGUGGCUAUCCGCGGAGGAAAGAUGUGGAUUCAGAUUCGGACUAUAGACGGAAAGGAGACACGAACCAUUGAGGAUCUUUCCAGGCUGACCAAAAUUGAGUCUCUGAGGCUGAAAAUCCAAGAGAUCUUCAAUGUUAACCCCGAACAACAACGGUUAUUUUAUCGGGGCAAACAGAUGGAAGAUGGCCACACACUGUACGACUACAACGUGGGCCUGAACGACAUCGUUCAGCUGCUCAUCCGUUCCCAGGCAGGGGAUGCCCCUGACAGCCCAGUUGCCCCUAAGGAGUGUGACCCUGUGCCCUUGUCCUGUAGUUCAACUCCCCCCGCAACCAUCCCCAACACCACAGCCGACGCGGCCACCACGCCCUCCAAGCCUAGUGUAGUAGCCCCCAAACCUGUCCCCACCCCCGCCACGGUCAACAACAACACGGCCAGUAGUACCUGCAGUACCAACACCAGUGCUACCACUAAAACCAGUAAGACCAGUGAUCCCAAUAACAACGGGGCCAAGUCUUGUAGUCAUCCAGCACCAGCGGAGAAGCUCGACAACCAGCCAUCCACCUCCACACGGCCCUUCCUUAUAGACCCUGGCAUUGGGGUGUUCAAGAUAAAUGAGCUGGUGGAUUGCAGAGACACAAGCAUUGGGGCCUGGUUCGAAGCCUGCAUCGACAACGUGACACGCACAGCAAAGGGUCAAAGCAGUAACAACAAAGCUUCUACAGCAGGGAAGGUUGGCCGGCCUAGCAAAAGGACUAAUGGCAAGGUGGAAAUAGUGCCGGGCCAAGGCCAAAGUAACCCCUCCUCCUCCUCUACAGACAAUAACAAUGGGAAUAGUUUGUCUUCUGUGUUAAACUCGGACAGUGGGCUGGGGGCUGGGCCCUCCACCUCUAAAACAGACUCUACAACCGCAGACAAGGAGAAGGAGGACGUCACAUACCAUAUCAGAUAUGACGAUUACCCUGAAAACGGUGUGGUGGAGAUGUGUGGUGGUAACGUGCGGCCAAGGGCACGGACCCUGCUCAGAUGGGACCAGCUCACGGUAGGCCAGGUUGUCAUGGUGAAUUACAACAUUGAGAUCCCUGAGGAGAGGGGGUUUUGGUUCGACGCGGAGAUCACAUCACUCAAUGAGAUCUCCAGGACCAACAAGGAGGUCCGCGUUAAGAUUCUGCUCGGAGGUCCAGGGAACGUCAUCCCGGACUGUAAGCUGUUGUUUCUGGAUGAGAUAUAUCAGAUUGAGAAGACCGGAGCCCCCUCACUGUCCACUGCAGACGGCCAGUUCAAACGGAAGAGCGGGCCAGAGUGUAAGCACUGCAAGGCGGACCCAGACUCCGAGUGUCGGUUCUGCUCGUGCUGUGUGUGUGGAGGGAAGCAGGAUGCCCACAUGCAGCUCUUGUGUGACGAAUGCAACAUGGCCUUCCACAUCUACUGCCUCAACCCGCCACUCUCCACCAUACCAGAUGACGAGGACUGGUACUGUCCCACCUGCAAGAACGACACCAGCGAGGUGGUGAAGGCGGGCGAAAAGCUGAAGGCCAGUAAGAAGAAAGCCAAGAUGCCGUCCGCCCAUACGGAGAGCCAGAGGGACUGGGGAAAGGGCAUGGCCUGUGUGGGGCGCACGAAGGAAUGUACCAUCGUUCCAUCCAACCACUACGGCCCUGUACCUGGGAUUCCCGUGGGAACUACAUGGAAGUUUCGAGUUCAGGUGAGCGAGGCAGGAGUACACAGGCCCCACGUAGGAGGCAUCCACGGACGCAGUAACGACGGCUCCUAUUCGCUGGUGCUGGCCGGCGGCUUCGAGGAUGAAGUGGACAGGGGAGAUGAGUUCACAUACACAGGCAGCGGAGGUCGCGACCUUUCAGGGAACAAGCGCAUCGGGGAGCAUUCCUUUGACCAAACCUUGACCCACUAUAACAGAGCCCUGGCGCUGAACUGUGAUGCCCCCCUAAAUGACAAGGAUGGGGCAGAGUCCAGGAACUGGCGUGCAGGGAAGCCGGUCAGGGUGGUGCGGAGCUCCAAAGGCCGGCGCAUCAGCAAGUACGCCCCAGAGGAGGGUAAUCGCUACGAUGGCAUUUACAAGGUGGUGAAGUACUGGCCGGAGAUAGGAAAGUGUGGUUUCCUGGUGUGGAGGUACCUACUGCGGCGGGAUGACGUGGAGCCUGCUCCCUGGACACCAGAGGGACUGGAGCGCAUCCAAAAACUGGGCCUGACUGUCCAGUAUCCACCAGGCUAUGUAGUGGCCAUGGCCAACAGGACCAAGAAGGAAGCAAACGCUCGAGCUCGCCCGGGGUCCACAAGGAGCAAGAAGCAGCCAGGACCAGGCCGGCCGCGGCUACAACUGCUGGAGAAAAAGAUUAAGGAGGAAGAGGAGGGGGAGGAAGACAAGCCCAUGGAGGUGACAGAAGAACAGCCACAGAGCAACGGAAGUCAGAAGACACCUAAAGACAAGGAGACAGCAGUGUGUAAGGAGUCAGCGGUACCCCCGGCCAAGCGUCAGAAGAUGGAAGAGGCCUUCCAGCUGACUGAGCAGCAGCAGAGUCUGAUCGAGCAGGACCAACCUAACAAAAAGAAUUGGGACGAGGCCAUGGGGCACCUGAAGGAAGGGCCGAACUUUCUGUGGAAGGUGGAACAAACCUUUAUGUGUGUCUGCUGCCAGGAGCUGGCUUACCAGCCCAUCACCACCAUCUGUGCGCACAACGUCUGCAAGGCUUGUCUCCAGCGGUCGUUCCGAGCUGAGGUGUACACUUGCCCUGCCUGUCGCCAUGACCUGGGUAAAGACUACGUCAUGGUCCUCAACAAGACAUUGCAGUUGCUGCUGGACCAGUUCUUUCCUGGCUACAGCAAGGGGCGAUGAGGCCGCAUUCAUACAUGGCACAUAUAAAGAUUCACACAUAUACACACUACAUACACUCUUUCACAGUUACACAAGUCACACAAUCAUGAUGCACACUUAUAACACCUAGAAAUACACUUACAUUGACACACACAUAAGCGCACACUCCAUCGCCUAGGCAGCAGGAAUUGACCCCACCUGUUGGACUUGGACUGUCCCCAUUUAAGUCACCAGCCUGAAAUCUUCAAGCCACAGGAGACUCAUCUACACCCAGUCAGGGGUUUACUCUUCUGGGUGCUAAUGGGUUCCCUCCCUUCCACGUCUUCAGUGUACCUAAAGUUUAUGGCCAUCUACCUGUCCAUGUGAGAAACAGCCAGAGAGGAUGCUAAAGCUAAACGCGGCCAGUCCAGUGGCUAGUGAGUCUACACACGCAUUUGACAGUGUUCACAUUUUCCUGCUUUAGAAUUACAUUUAAAAAGGGAUUCACUUUGUAAUAUAUAUACUUUUUGAAGAUCUGCAUCCAUCUCAUAUCUCAUUUCAUCUUCAUCCGCUUAUCCGAUCUGCAUCCAAUUAUUUUCAAAAUGUAAUGAAUUGUCUUCAAAAUGUCUUCAUACCCCCAUGUUAUUACAUGGAGGAGGCGCCUUUGGCAGCCAUUACAGCUGGGAAUCAUUUGGCGUAAUAGCUCUUAGGGCAUUUCCAUGUCCAUGUUGCUCAAGGUCAAUCAAUUUGGCUACAAAUUAUUACCCUGAGGAAAAUGAUUCAGGUGUGUAUGUGGCAGACAUUUAUUUUUUGUCCCUUUGAUAAAUACAAGGAACUCUUUCCUUUUUUCCUGGGAUGCUUUGCUUUUAUUUCUUUUAAUCUCGAUAAACACCCCAGUACAUGCCAACAACAAGCAUACCCAUACCAUGAUGCCAGUAGAUUUGCAAAAAAAAA